AUGGCUGCCGUGCCGCUCUGCUCUGACCUGUUCAGCCUCCAGCCUCUCAACAAUUUCCUUCUCCGCACUUCUCUCCCCUGCUUUCCGUCUAUCCCCACCCACCGCCCACUGUUGCCAGCUGUGGCGAAUGUGACUCUAACGAGCAUCACGCUGCACAAGCACAUCAACUGGGUGUUUCUCCCCCAGGUCUUCCUCCUCUGUACUGACAGCAAUCACUCCGACUUGUUCAGUCAGCCUCUCAAUUUCUUUCUCCUCACUCCUCUUUCCUGUUUUCCACAUCCCCCGCCUCCCCGGUUGGCAGCUGUUGCGAAUGUGACUCUAACGAGCAUCACGCUGCACAAGCACAUCAACUGGGUGUUCCUCCCGCAGGUCUUCCUCCUCUGUGCUGAUGGCAACCGCUCCGACCUGCCCUUCUCACCGCCGCUCAACAUCCAAGUCAACCUCACGGGGAAGGAGGACUGGCAGCCGCUAUUCCAAAUGGACAGUGGCGGGUGCAAGUCAUGCGGCAUGUACGAGAAGGGGUGGAUAGCAGACAGCCCCUACCUGCUCUUCCCGCUCUGCGAAUCCAACUUCUCCGCCCCCAAGGGCCACUCGCCCGCCCCCGGUGCCGCGGGCUUUGGGGAGCUGCUGCUGGCCGACCCAAAGGGCACUGUGGAGUUUGUGCUCUCAUGUCCUGCUUGCGUGCGAGACCUGGAGAUGAGCACAGGAGACGUUCACACGGCACCUGCACCUCAAGGCUUGGGGGUGGUCGUCUGGGUGAUAGCAGGCGUGGCAGUAAUGGGUGUGCUUGUACUGCUCAUCACAUCUGUAGUGUACAUCACUAAAGGCGGCGAUCAGAUUCUUGAUGAAUCGGAGCGUGACAAGUUUCUUGAAAUGGGGGCUACGUCAUCAGAGGAGCCUCUUUACGCAUUAGGAAGAGAGCCUCGCCUUGCAUCCGAUGUGCUUAAAGGUGAUCCUGAUGACUACCUAUAG